UGUUUGUCACAUAUAAACAAUUCUUAAGGCAAAAGCAUGAAAAGUCUUUAUGUUUUGUGUAGCUUCAUCUUUUUAAUAUAUUUGUUUAGAGAAAUUAAGGCAGAUGAAGAAGGAAAUAAUGAUGUUUAUAUCGUAUAUAUGGGUGCUGCUGCUACAUCAAGGGACAACCAUGAUAUACUUCUCACUUCCCUUGUAAAAAGUAAAAAAGACGCAGUCGUGGAAAAAUACCAAAACAGCUUCUUGGGAUUUGCGGCUCGUUUAACCGAUAAAGAGGCAAAGGAUAUGGCAGAAAAACCAGGGGUAGUUUCGGUAUUUCCAGAUCCAGUCCUCCAACUUCACACAACACGUUCAUGGGAUUUCCUUAAAUACCAAAUGGGAGUCGAGACUGAUUUUAAACCAGCCAAAAGUUCAAACGCACCUUCAGAUCUCAUCAUAGGUGUUUUAGACACAGGUAUUUGGCCGGAGGUAGAGAGUUUCAAUGAUGAAGGUUUUGGACCAAUUCCAUCAAAAUGGAAAGGAACUUGCAUGAACGGGAGGGACUUCACAAGUUCAAAUUGUAAUAGGAAAGUAAUCGGAGCAAGGUAUUACAGAACAAUCGGCGAUUACAACACGCCAAGGGACAUGAACGGACAUGGGACCCACGUGGCCUCAACAGCCGCCGGAAACACCGUCUCCAACGCUUCUUACUACGGGCUCGCGAUGGGCUCCGCCAAAGGCGGUUUUCCCGGCGCAAGGGUGGCGGCAUAUCGUGUAUGUGGGGCUCGAGGGUGCCUUGGAUCGGUUAUAUUGAAGGCAUUUGAUGAUGCGAUUGAAGAUGGUGUGGAUGUGUUGUCAUUAUCGUUAGGUUCUUCGGCAGGAUUUGGGCCGAAUUUUCAUAGAGAUCCGAUUGCGAUUGGAUCGUUUCAUGCGGUGGAGAAGGGGAUUAUGGUGGUUUGUUCGGCGGGGAAUGAUGGGCCGAAUCGGGAAUCGGUGGUUAAUAUUGCGCCGUGGAUACUUACGGUGGCGGCGACUUCGAUUGAUCGGGAUUUUCAGGCGGAUAUUAUUUUAGGUGAUAAAACGGUGGUAAAGGGUGGAGGCAUAAACUUCGCACAAAUCGAUAAAUCUCCGGUGCACCGGUUACUUUAUGGAAGAUCCGCCAAAAGAAAUUUUAGCAUGUAUGACGAAGUCGAUGCGAGAAACUGUAUACCACGUGCAUUAGAUGUGAACAAAGUAAAAGGAAACAUUGUUCUUUGUGAGCAUAGAGACGGAAUAUAUACAGUGAAACAAAAACUACGUCGUAUUAAACGACUUGGUGCACUUGGGAUGAUUCUUGUUAGUAAUAAUGCAAGAGGAGUGGCUACCUCUUCUGGAUCAUUUCCAAUGGCUACGGUUGAUCGAAAUGCUGGGAGUAAAAUUAUAUCGUAUGCUAAAACCAAAAGGAAACCUAUGGCAACUAUUCUACCGAGUGUAUCAAUGACAGGAUAUAAACCAGCUCCAGUAGUCGCUUACUUCUCAGCUAGAGGUCCUUCAUUUGCUACAAAAGCUAUACUCAAGCCUGAUGUUGCAGCACCAGGUGUCGCGAUUCUUGCUUCAUGGCCUGUCAAAGAUUCAGUAGCAACACUCAAUGGAAAGAAUCCUCCUCAAUUUUAUAUAAUUUCAGGAACUUCAAUGGCUUGCCCACAUAUUUCUGGCCUCACAGCAAUGAUCAAAUCUCAAAAUCCCAAUUGGAGCCCAUCUGCAAUCAGAUCAGCAAUCAUGACAACAGCAACUCAAACAAACAACAUAAAGAAGCCAAUAACAACAAACUUCGGUUCAAUUGCUACACCAUAUGAUUUCGGUGCAGGGGAAGUUGCAUCAAGCCCAUUACAACCAGGCCUUAUUUACGAAACCGAAAUAAUUGAUUAUCUACAUUUCUUAUGCAACAUCGGCUAUUCUAUCAGUAGAAUUAAACGCAUUUCCUCUACACUUCCUCCAAAAUUUUCAUGUCCCUCUGACUCAAAUUAUAACUCAGUGUCUAAUAUGAACUACCCAUCAAUAGCAAUUGCUAAUUUUAAUGGGAAAGUAAGAAGAGUGACUAGAACGGUUACAAAUGUUGACGGUGAUGACACGAGUUAUACUGUUACAGUGGAAGCCCCAAAAGGGUUAAAGAUAAAAGUUUCACCAAGUACAUUGGAAUUUACAGAAAGGAAUAAAAAACAAACUUAUGAAGUGAUAUUUAAAUCCAAUGGUAAAUUGGGUGAAGAUAGUUUUGGGGCAAUUACAUGGUCAAAUGGAAAGUAUAGAGUGAGAAGUCCAUUUGUUGUGAGCAAGUAAAAAUAAAACACAAUUCUGCAGAAGUUAUAGUCUACAUGUAGUAGUAUAGAUAACACAAUGACCUAAGGGCUUUUCCUAUAAUAAAUGUGAGUUCCUUGUAUUGGUUAUUGCAAAUCAUAAUACACUUUAUCUUGUU